CCCCCCCCCCCCCUUUCCUCCUUUCUCCCUCCCCCCUCCUUUUGUCCGCGCGAAGCUGUUUUCAUCCUGCGUGACCGAGCAGCGUCGACAUGGAGAACUCGUCCUCCGGCGGCAGGUUCCGGGGCGCCGUCUUCAACCACGAUGAUGAGAUGGCAGAGUGCACUGUGGCCCCUGUGGCCAUGGAGGACAGCGACCAUGAACCCGGGUCUCCUUCAGACGACCAGCACUCCAGCCCAGAAUCACCCGAACCGAGUCGAGACCAUCAAGGAGAGCAGUUCUCCAACCUGUCCAAGGAGGAUUCCGAGGACUCAGAGCUGGAGCACAUCAUGGGAGACGUCCAUCCCAGCAGUGGGCACCCCUUCCCCCGCCACGAGCCACCAAGAGACAGGGAGGCAGAGGGCUUCAGCAGCCCCCGUAGUCCGGGAACUCCCAACUUUUUGCGGCCCCCCACAGCCAGCAGGGCACCCGUGGAUUCGACCGUAGGACAGGAAGCAAGGAACAGGUUUCAGCUGGGCUCUACGGACUUUAGCGUGACCUCCCCCAUCAGCCCCUCGAGGCCCAAAAGUCCCUGGGGACGCUUUGACCCAUACGACUCAGCAGAGGACCAAGAUAAAGAAUACGUGGGGUUUGCCACUCUGCCGAACCAGGUGCACCGGAAGUCUGUUAAGAAGGGAUUUGACUUCACGCUGAUGGUAGCAGGGGAGUCGGGCCUGGGAAAGUCCACCCUCGUCAACAGCCUCUUCCUCACAGACCUCUACAAAGACAGGAAGCUGCUCAAUGCUGAAGAGCGGAUCACUCAGACGGUGGAGAUCACUAAGCACACAGUGGACAUCGAGGAGAAGGGCGUGAAGCUCAAACUCACGAUUGUGGACACGCCUGGUUUUGGGGAUGCUGUCAACAACACGGAGUGCUGGAAGUCUGUGGCCGACUACAUCGACCAGCAGUUUGAGCAGUACUUUAGGGAUGAGAGUGGCUUGAACCGCAAGAACAUCCAGGACAACCGCGUACACUGCUGCCUCUACUUCAUCUCGCCUUUCGGCCACGGCCUUCGGCCCCUGGACGUUGAGUUCAUGAAAGCCCUCCAUGAGAAGGUCAACAUUGUCCCUGUGCUGGCUAAGGCAGACACCCUCACCCCCUCUGAGGUCAAGAAGAAGAAGAUCAAGAUCCGAGAGGAGAUAGAGCAGUACGGCAUCAAGAUCUACCAGUUCCCCGACUGCGACUCAGAUGAGGAUGAAGAAUUCAAGCAGCAGGAUCAGGAGCUCAAGGACAGUAUCCCUUUUGCUGUAAUCGGCAGCAAUACUGUGGUGGAGGCCAAGGGGAAACGGGUGCGAGGACGCCUCUACCCCUGGGGCAUCGUAGAGGUGGAGAACCCGGCGCACUGCGACUUCGUCAAGCUGCGGAACAUGCUGGUGCGCACGCACAUGCAGGACCUGAAAGACGUCACCCGGGAGACCCAUUAUGAGAACUACCGGGCCCACUGUAUCCAGAGCAUGACCCGCAUGGUGGUCAAGGAGCGCAACCGCAACAAGCUGACCCGGGAGAGCGGCACAGACUUUCCCAUUCCAGUGGUGCCUGGCGUGACGGAUAGUGAGACGGAGAAGCUCAUUCGAGAAAAAGACGAGGAGCUGCGACGGAUGCAGGAGAUGCUGCAGAAGAUCCAAGAACAGAUGCACACACAGAAGGAGGCGUAUUAACCGCACCCUGCUCCGGCUCUCCUCCCUAGCGCCCUCCUAGCACCACUGGUCUCUCCCAACUCUAGUUUCCAUAUUUUCCGGGUUCUUCGUGCAUAGACUAACAGAUUUGGUGGUGGCUCCAAGAUGGCGUUUCUCUCCUUUGGAAGUACAGGGUUCGAUGGCUACCUGUAGCUUCAGAAAGGGUAAAGAUGCAGUGUAUCUGUUCUGGUCUUCCAUUCCUUUUCGAACAAUGAGGUCGACUUCUUUACCAUAUAUUUAAUCCUUGUGUGAAAGUACAGAGAGGGUCGACCUUAGGAACCAUUAUAUCAUUCCAAUUAUGUUCGUUUUCCAGUACUUUUUUGGGGGGGGGGGGUGGUCCAUAACAGUAUUUUUACACUAAAUCAGUACUGGGUGUGUAGUCAUUCUACAUUCUGCUGGUGAGGUCUGCUUUCUGUACAGGAGGUACCUCCUUGUGAAAUGUCACAUCUGCCUUAGCCCUGCCUCUGCCCUGCCUGUGCUCAGUAAUUGCCUCCAGCUUGAGCUGUGAUGUACACAAACUAUUAAGUGGUUCUGAAACAGACUAAUUAGAUGAAAUUAUGGAUAGACAUGGUGAAAACUUGAUGUGCCGCAUGGUAAUUUACAUGCUAAAUGUUCAUAUGUAUGUAUAUCAUAUCUGUAUUGGCACCAGUGUUGUGUAAACCAACUGCUCUUCCUCCUCCUAACUACAUUGAUUUUAAUUUUAUUUUUUUAUUACAGCUUACAAAAGUUGAAGUGCUUUGCCCGUAAGCAAUAAAUGGUUAUAUUUGUUCAGAGACCUAUUUUAACAAGAUAUCAUUUUUUUAUUUUUUUUUUUUUAUUUUUUUUCUUUAGUACUUAUUUUCAGACAGUGAAAAUGUAUGUGUGGGGUGUUAACUUCUACUUUCCUGUGAUACCAAACAUAUAGCUGAUUUUACAGUCCAUGUGGGUUCUGUAACAGGCGUCUCCACACGGGGUCCAGCUCACCUGGGAUGGACGCCCUGCUGUGCCUGGACAGAGAGGUUACUCCGCAGCCUUCCAGCCUGACUGAGCGCCUCAAGCUGGAGGGACCAGGUGAACUUUGGCACCUUUGCUGGGGGCUGAAAUGGGGUGCUUUGAGUGUAAUGAGCAGUGGAGUUGGAUUGGGCACUUGCACUGUUGCUUUUGUCUUUUAACGAAAUGCAGCUAAAGAAGACAUUUACGGGUCAGAGGUGAGCCCACAUUUGUGUUGUCAUGUUACCUACACUUUACUGGAGCAAUGGGUGUUGACCAGAGAGAGAUCUGUCCCAGGUUGGGUGUUGAUAUAUGUUUUGAAGUACCAUAUUUUGUGUUUUUUUUUUUUAUUAUAUUAUUGCAUAAUACCAGUCAAUGUACAAGUUAGAAAAGGGGGGGGUUUACAUACUGAGGCAUUAAUAGUUCUCCCCCCAAAGGAGAGUAAAUGUCUAAUUUGGACAAGAGUGGGGGUGUGUGAAACAGGGAGCACAAAGUCACAGGAAAGAUUAGUUUCAUAUCAAAAAUUUAAACAUGGAAGUGUAGUCAAAUUAAAAAUAUUUUUUUGGCAGUGUUAUUUUGCCUUUUUUGUGGAUUUGGGGCUCCUAUACAUUUUUUUUACAUGUACAUGUGUUUUGAUAUCGGUGUAUUUAUCCUCCACCUUGAGACACAUGCAGAGUUGUACCUCAUUGCAGUUCUGCUCGUUCUGCCAUGUCUCUCCGUUUUGAAGCCACAGAAAUUGUAGUGGCACUAAGGUCUUUAAUUUUUCCCUUUCCAUUGUUAAUGCAUUUGUUUUGUGUAAUUUUAUUUACAUAGGUGAAAAAUGGCUAGAGUAUUGUAUACAGUAAUAAACCAACCACCUCAAUAUUUGUCUUUUCUUUACUGCAUGUAACCAAUUGGUGUAGGAAUUAGGUGUAAAUAAAAUGUGUAGAAAAUUUAAGUAUAAAAAUGAGAAGAUAAUGACUUAAGGUAUUGUAAUUAGCAUCUGUGAAGAACCAGCUGACUUAUGUAUGUAUAAAUAUAGUCAAAGCAAUUUUUCCUGUGGCUGCAAGCAUUUGGAAUAGAUUUCCCCCCCCCCAUUGGGGGCAAGUAUUUGAGAACUGGACAUUUGUUUCACUUCCAUCCUCAUUUUAAGUUCAUGGGGAUUGAUUAAAGUAAAAGGUUCUGCUGUUCA